AUGCCGCUGUACCUCUCUGAUAAAAGUAUUAGUGUACAGUUAUUUCAUGAAAGCGCAAUAUGCACAUCAGUGAAAGCGACUGCUUGUCCCACCACCAUUCAUCAAUCCCUCCGUCCAAUAGUUGAGACCCCUGAGGAUUUAUCGGCGGCGUUAACGGACUACAUUUCAGUGAUAUCCAUUGUAGAUGCUAAUGAAGCAUUUCUUUUUCUUCUAGAUCUUGUGAACGAUACUGAGAGUGUUGCUGUGACUUGGUGUAUCCAUUUACUGCCGCCUUAUCGCGACUAUCUGAUCGAUUAA